GCCCCGUGUUUGCCGCCGACCAGCUCUGCUCCGACCAGCUGUUCUCCGCCUCCACCUAGCUCUGCUCUGCGCCGACCACCUCCCUGCACCUCUCCAUAUCCGCCUCCCGUCUGUCCCGCCGCCGUCCCCUGGCCCUCCCCCACCCCGGAGCUUUCUCUUAAGUUUCUCAACUUCGACAUGACUGGGUCUAGGAAGCAGGAGCUCAACUCUAAGAAAAAGCUCGAGAAGAAGCUUAGCUUCUACUCAAAAGUGAAAGAUACGGUUACUUCCCUAAAUGCUAAGAAGGCUAUCAGUAAGAAAAAGAAACAGAGGAGCCGUCAGAAGAAAUUGAAAGCAUAUGAUUUCUCAGAACUUUCUGAGUUCCUUCCUGAAACAGCUAGCUCACAGAAGCAGACUGAAGUAAAGCUGAACUGCAAAUCAAAGCAGGCUUUAGUGCAACGGGAAUCUGCUCAACUGAACGCUGUACUGAACAAUCCUCAGUUCCAGCUAGACCCAUUUGCGGCAAUUCAUCAGCAUCUGGUAUUAACACAACCACCUUCAUCCAUGAAAGAAGACGACUCUGUAAAGACUGGGAAGAAAUCUAGGAAGGACAAGAAAAGGAAGAAAAAGAAGAACAGCGCUUUGCCAACCACUGAGUCAAUGGAUAUCUGAUAUCACCAACUAACUAUCUAAUGAAAUGAAUGCAGUUAUUUCGUAAUUUUGGUUUGUAGGUGACCUUUGUCACGUGUGAGCUUGAAGUUGUCAAAUUUUGAUACCGGUGUCAGUUUUCUCUGCCAGAAUUUCCAUAGGGCUGUUUCUCGAAAAAAGAACUACCAGAUUGCAUGUAAACAU